AACAGUGAAUCCGCGGUUCCGCAGAGGUUGAGUUUUGAAUCCUCCUUGGGUUUAUUUAUUCCUUCUGUCCGAAUCCAAGUAGUAGUUAAAGCUCGUUGUUAUUCACAAGAAGACCACAAACAAUUAACUGAACGAUCACAAUGCCUCUUCCUCGUCAAGUCUUCAUUGCCGUUGUCGGCGCCGGUGGUGUUGGCAAGGCCUUCCUCUCCCAGCUUUCCACUCUCUCCAAACGUCUCUCCCAAUCGCCAUCAUCACCCUACUACCUCUCCCUCAUCUGGCUGAGCACCUCGAAGAAAGCCGUAUACCACGCCGACUACAAGUCUCUCUCUAACUGGGAGUCCGAACUUGAAAACACCUCCAAGCCCGCCCUGCCGCUCCCUCAGCUUUGCGAAUACCUACAAAAAGCCCCUGGAAAGGUGGUACUCGUGGACAACACAAGCAACCAGGAUGUUGCGGAUAGCUAUCCCGACUUCCUGAAGAAGGGCAUCAGUAUCGUGACACCAAACAAGAAGGCUUUCUCGGGAAGCUAUGAGCUGUGGACACGCAUCUUCGACGCUGCUGGUAACGGAAACGGUGCUGGAGGCUACGUCUUCCAUGAAUCUUCCGUGGGCGCAGGUCUACCCAUCAUCUCUACACUGAAAGAUCUCGUAGAAACUGGCGAUGAGAUCACGAAAAUCGAGGGCGUCUUCAGCGGCACAAUGAGCUUCCUGUUCAACUCCUUCCAGCCUCUGGGCGGAGGAGGCGGCAAGUUCUCAGCUGAAGUCAAGAACGCAAAAGAAAAGGGCUACACAGAGCCAGAUGCACGCGAUGACUUGAACGGUCUAGACGUUGCCCGCAAGCUUACCAUCCUCGCCCGUUUGUCAGGCCUCAAAGUCGAAUCACCGACUUCCUUCCCGGUAGAAUCUCUCAUUCCGAAAGAACUCGAAACAUGCUCCUCUGGUGAUGAGUUCCUCGAGAAACUCCCACAAUACGACGACCGAAUGGAGAAGCUAAAGGCUGAGGCUGCACAAGAAGGCAAAGUCAUCCGCUUUGUAGGAAGCCUAAAGGUGCCAAGCAACGAAGUCAAGGUCGGUCUGGAGAAGUUUGACAAGAACCAUUCCAUCGCCCAGCUCAAGGGCAGCGAUAACAUCAUCGCCUUCUACACGAAGCGAUACGGCGACAACCCACUCAUCGUCCAGGGCGCCGGCGCAGGAGGUGACGUUACAGCCAUGGGUGUUACAGCUGAUUUAAUUAAAGUCCUACGGCUACUGCACUAAGCGUGGACAAGAGUGAAAGUAAAGCUCCACGUAUAUAAAAGUCGAUACAAAACUUCAUGCCGAC